AUGCGGUGGUCUAUCCUACCAUUGGGUUUUGUCGAGUUAAAUAUAGAUGAAAGUAGUUUGGGGAAUCCUAGUGAAUGUGGUUGUGAAAGGAUAGUUCGUGAUUCCAGAAAAGACCUCUUGAGUGGUUUUAUGGCCUAUUAUAGAAGCAACACAAUGGCUGAGACAAAGGCAUUGCUUGAUGGCCUACGAAUUUGCACUUUGCUGCAGCAGGAAAAUAUUGUGGUUGAAAUCGAUUCCCAAUUGCUGGCUAAUUGGUGGAAUAGAAAGGGUGAUGUACAUCGAUCUUUACGAGAAGUCUGGAAGAGAAUUGAUUAUUCUGCAAAGGAUCUAAAUCUAGUAGUUAGGCACGCAUAUAGAGAAAUAAAUCAAGUUGAUGAAUUUUCUUGCUAA